GCGAACAUGAGAGUCGCUUUUCUUUUAUUCAUUAUCGUCGCUGGUAUAAAUGGCGAGCAGUUCAGGUGCGACUACCAGCAUGUCCCAUCAGCAGACGGAUGGAUCAAGUAUAACCCCAUCCCGGCGAAUUGGCACGAGGCCAGGCUCCGCUGUCAUUUGGAAGGAGCGAAUUUAGCGUCGCCAUUAAACGAGGGAUUGAAAGCGGCUCUUCGCAGUUCCAUUCCCACUGACAACGACUGCGGAGUGUUCACGGGUAUUCACGCCACGUUCUCGCGUGGGGACUUCUUCUCCGUUGAAGGAGUUCCGCUGCGGAAGAUUCCUCACAAAUGGGCGAUGAACGAGCCUAACAACUUCAACAACGAGGAGAAUUGCCUCCUGAUGACGUCAGAGGGGGAGCUAGCGGAUGUCAACUGCACUGACGCCUAUCCGUACUUGUGCUAUAAGAAGUCAUCCAACAUGCUGCUCAACGAAUGUGGUACCGUCGAUAACGAGUACAAGUUGGACGCUCGGAUCGGCAGCUGCUACAAGUUCCACCGCGAGCCCCGCACCUGGUCCCGCGCGUACAUGACCUGCGCCGCCGAGGGUGGCCAUUUGGCCAUCAUCAACAGUGAUCAAGAAGCCAAGGUCAUUGCUGAUAUCUUUGCCAGGAACCCUAGCAAUACUAUUCCUGGCAAUUUUUACAAGGAGGUUGCAUUCAUCGGUUUCCACGACUGGAACGAGCACGGAGAAUGGUUGACCAUUGAAGGGCAAACGCUUGAGCAGGCUGGGUACGCGAAGUGGAACAAAGGGGAGCCUAACAACAAGACGUCAAACGAGGGUACCAUUGGCCAGUACUGCGGCGGUGUCACGCGCGGCGCCCUGCUAGACGACCUCUUCUGCUCCGGCAACUACGAGGACAAGUUCGUGUUCUUCUGCGAGAAGCGACUUAGCUCGCUGCUGUGUGAUAACUGAAUCGCAAGCGACACUACGCGGCAGCGACGCGCGAGGCUACGCGACACAAAACGUUUACGAUUUUUAGGACUUUUACUUUUUACAAAAUU